AUGAGUGGUCCCCUCUCGGAUCGUCUGGGGGUGAAGUUCAUUCUCGCCCAAGGUGUCCUUGUUGGAAUUGCCUGCGGUAUGAUCUUCACUCCCGUAGUCUCAACUGUAGGGCAGUACUUCACCACUCGUCGCGCUUUGGCCAUGGGUAUUGUCGUUGGCGGUGCUGCAAUCAGCGGCAUCAUAUUCCCGAUCACACUCAACCGACUUUUGAACACGAAUAGAAUUGGUUUCGGAUGGGCAGUUCUCUGUCCAAAUCCCAGCGAUAUAGGCACGUACGUCGGUCAAGGCCUCGCAGUUUGCAGCUUUGGGGCGCUUGCAGGAACCCCGAUUAACGGCGCUCUGAUCAGGCAAUACGGCUACCUUCCAGCCUCUAUGUUCAGUGGUGCAGCUCUCAUAGUCGGGAUGAUUUGCCACAUUUCUGCAAGACUUUUGCUUGACAAACGGCUUUUCGUGGUGCGAUUUUCAGGGACCUUCAUGGCAAAGAAUGGCGACCUGGCUGUUGUGAUUGUUGGUGCCGUGGAUAUUGCCGAUACUCUCGUGAUAUAA